GCCUGACUUGCAACCGCGUAUUUUCAUUUGACUGUGUGCCGACCAACAGUUUUCACGGAUUACAGAAAAGUAUCCAAUAUGAAAUGUUACACAACAAUCUGUAUACUGAUAUUAAGCUUACACAUGAUUGAUGAAGCCUGCGCAGGUGCUACCAGAGAACAAAUGGAAAAAAUAGCUGAGGGUUUUCGAAAAACAUGCAUUGGCAAAACAGGAGCAGAUUUAAGUAUCGUAUCAGAGAUAAGAAAUGGAAAUUUCAUCGAGAAUCCGCAAGCUAAAUGUUACACCAAAUGUAUUAUGGGACUUAUGAAAACUCUUACAAAACAAGGUCAAAUAGAUGUAGAAGUAAUGAUAAGACAAAUAAAUGUGAUGGCAAGUGCGGAUAUUGCGCCAGCUUUGACAGAUGGUGUGAAAACAUGUUAUAAUGAAGUAAGUGCCGACGAACCUUGCGAGCUUGCUUGGCGUUUCACCAAAUGCCUUCAUAGUCAAAAUCCAGCUCUCUUCUUUUUCCCUUGAAAAUGCCAUAGUGAGGAGUAUUAACAUGAUGUAGCUUCGUAACGAUACUCAUACUAUUUCAGCGACAUUUGUGAACUAAGCUCGAUAAUGUCAGGUUUUUUUUUAUUAAUGAAGAUCAAAAUGUUACAAAAUAAAAAAUAUAUUUUCGAAAAUUAAGCUGUCAAA